CAUACUUGUAAAGGGGGUGGCAUUUGAUCACAACUGUACACUUUGUCUGUUCAUCUCCCCAGCUAUACAGUCGCAUCUAGCCAGACUUGUGGAGAGACAGAGGAGGGAGAGAGAGAAAGAGGAGAGAAAGAGGGAGAGGAGGAGGAGGAGAGAGAGACUUGCUGAUGACAGAGUCCGCAGCCCCCAGCCUGCCUUCCUCGUGUUGUUGCUGCUACAGAACGUGUGAAACAACCUAGUACACUCGUUCUCUCUGUCAGCUAGGGGAAGACAAGAAAUCCGUGAGCCGAGAUCCAAGUCAAGUACUGGUCCAGUCCUGAUCCUGCUCUGGUAUGAUAUGAGUCCAGUGUAGGUCCACUUGUUCCAGACUCACUCCAUCUUCAGACGUACAAACAGGGAAACCUGUGGCCUUUUCUUCUUUGUGUGUGGAGGAGUAUGUUGUGACCACCAUGUCGUUAGAGAUGGAGAAAACCAUCACCAAAAUUAUGUAUGACUUUCAAAGGAACUCUACGUCUGAUGACGACUCUGGCUGUGCCUUGGAGGAGUACGUGUGGGUGCCUCCUGGCCUCAGUCCCGAGCAGGUGCAUCAGUAUUAUAACUGUUUACCCGAGGAAAAGGUCCCCUAUAUAAACAGUCCUGGAGAAAAGUACCGCAUCAAGCAACUGCUCCACCAGCUGCCUCCGCAUGACAAUGAGGUGCGCUAUUGUAACGGUCUAGAUGAGGAAGAGAAACGUGAACUAAAGAUCUUCAGUAACCAAAGGAAGAAGGAUAACUUAGGCAGAGGCAAUGCACGCCCUUUUCCUCUCACCAUCAAUGGGGCUAUCUGUGAUAAGUGUGGCGGUCAGAUAAACGGUGGGGACAUAGUUGUUUUUGCUGCUCGAGCCGGCCACGGGAAGUGUUGGCAUCCCCAGUGCUUUGUGUGCAGUAUGUGUGAGGAACUACUGGUAGAUCUCAUCUACUUCCACCAGGACGGCAAGAUCUAUUGCGGCAGACACCACGCCGAGAGACUCAAGCCCCGCUGCUGUGCCUGUGAUGAGAUAAUCUUCGCUGAUGAAUGCACUGAGGCGGAGGGCAGGCACUGGCACAUGAGACACUUCUGCUGCUAUGAAUGUGAAACAACGCUGGGGGGACAACGCUAUAUCAUGAAGGAUGGACGACCACACUGCUGCAAUUGCUUUGAGUCCCUUUACGCAGAGUACUGUGAUGCCUGUGGAGAGCACAUAGGAAUUGACCAGGGCCAAAUGACUUAUGAUGGGCAGCACUGGCAUGCCACUGAAGAGUGUUUCUGCUGUGCCCACUGUAAGCGCUCCUUGUUGGGACGCCCCUUUCUGCCCAAACAGGGUCAAAUAUACUGCUCACGGUCCUGCAGUGCUGGACAGGAUCCAGAUGAGUCCGAUUCCUCUGACUCAGCCUUCCAGAGCGCCCGGUCUCGUGAGUCCCGCCACAGCACUAAAGUGGGUAAAAAGGAACGUCGUAACGCAGAUCAAGAGCGUAGGAGCGGUGAGGGUCGGCAGUCUGCUCCUCCGAUGCCAGACCGUCUCUCUGCUGAGAUUGACCCACUGUCUGUGCAGAUGGACCGUUUGAGUGUCUCCUCCAGUCAAACUCCCAGCAGGACACCUACCCGCACCCCCAACCGCACCCCAAGCCGUGCCCCGAGUCUGAACCAGGUAUGGAUGAGUCGUGAUGACCCCUAUGUGCCUUCAGCCUAUGAGGGCCCUCAAAGAGACCCCUCGCCUACACCUGCACCCAUUCACAUGCUGGGUCCCAGACAAGGAUACAACCCAAACACCAACGCUCAUCCCCCAGCUCAGAGUCCAGGAAACGCAGGUAAAAGGCCUGACUCAUGGGGGAAGGAGCAGGGUAAUGCCAAAAGGACACCUAUGGCAGCACUGAGGGGACAUUCCUUUAAUGAAAACUGGAUGCACCACAGCCAGGAUGAGUUUAGGCCCAACAAACUCCGUACACAAAUGAGCUUCAAUGAAGCGUCCAGUCAGAACCAGGGAUUUUCCGACAAAAGGAGCAUCAGCCUAGGCUUCCAGAGGGAUGGCAGGCCCCCACUAACCCGAAGGAACCACAUCACAGCUAUGAGCUUCAACGAACCCCUUACUCCUCUAGAGCAGACACCACGAGGAUCAAUGGACUCUAUUACUAUGUCCAAUACUGCAGGUAACUCUCUAGAUGGAGUAAGUAAGCGACAGGAGCAUUUGUCCCGGUUCUCUAUGCCAGAUCUGAGUAAGGACUCCGGAGUGAACGUGUCCGAGAAGAGCAACAUGGGCACCCUCAGCUCUUCAGUCCAGUUUCACAGCACAGAAUCCCUGUCAUCCACUCGACCUUUCGGUAAUAAUAACAUGUACACUCCCCUCAGAGUGGGUUACCCUUUGGGGUACUGGGAUGGCCCACAGCCCCUCAGUUUUGAGAGUAAAGGUCGUGUUGGUGUGAUGGGCAGCAGUGGGAACCUGCGCAUGCCUCCACUGAGUGACCGAAUGCCCCGGCGGCGUUUGACUACUCAGGACUCUGUGUCUCAGCAGCAGCCUCCACCGCAGCGCCGCAAACACCACAGAGGAAAUGGGCACCACCGCAGUGGGCGCCACAAGCGCUCACGCCGCUCUCGUUCGGACAAUGCCCUGCAUCUGGUGGCUGACCGCCCCGCUCACCAGGUGGAGCCCCCGUACCGCAGAGUGCAAGAGGACUAUGACCGUUUUCCCCCUGGACACAGAGAGCUGUUCAGUCUGGACUCUGCAGGCUACAGGCAGCAGAGGCCCUGUCCCCGGACCACCUCUGAUCUGACUCUGCACAAUGCGGGCUGGCCCCCCGUGGGCCCAGCUGGGCCAUGCUGGGGAGAGGGCUAUAUGGAAGCGGCAGACCCCUGGUGCUCCAGCUGCUCCUCCUCCUCUGAGUCUGAGGAGGAUGAGGGUUACUUCAUGGGAGAGCCCAUUCCUCGCCCUGUGCAGCUCUGCUACAUCAACAAUGAGGAACUACGCCACCGCUACAGCCCAUCUGGGAUCGUAGGACAUCACGGACCUCUGCAUGGACCAAUACAUGGCCAAAUGCACACUCGCCAGCGCAGGAAGAGCAAAAACUGUAUUAUCUCCUAGAUUCUCAUGAUUGUGCGAAGAGACAGGAGCAGAUGGACAGAGGGAUGAGGAUGAGAGGUAAAGAGCUGUGGCAGAGUGGGAGGAGGCUGGAGAGCGUAACUUUGAAGUGUGUGUGCUGUGGGGUCAAACACACAAGGCCUAUUUUUUGUGCUUACACAACUCUACACUGGCUAGUGUUUAUGUACACCUACACAGGAUGAUCUAAUCCUAAUAGGAAGCUCAACUGGCUUACACAACACAAUGUUUACUGUUAUGAACAUCUACUGAUCACUUUAACUGGACACAUCAAUGAUCUGCCAAUUGAAUACACUGCUCUGAUGUAUGUGCGUUCUUGACUGAGAAAGACUGAACAAUCACAGACCUUUGGGAAGAUCUUAAAAUCUUCUGUGGACAAAGAACCAAUGUUGAAAUAGUGAAAAAGUAUUAUUACCUCUGUGGGAUGUAAAGCUGCUUAAAAAUGAUGUUGGUUUUCACUUUGUACAAAUUGUCUGUUAAAUUGUGCUCUACAUUAGCCAGCUCCAUGCUUUAACGAGGACUGAGCGCCCACAGCCUCUGCCCUCGCCCAUUCAGGCACAGUAACGUCAGGUAUGGUCCCGUUUCUCUUCUGCAACAUGCUUUGUUUUUUGAGAGUUAGAUAUAGAUAACUAAGAAUAAUAACAAUAAGAAGCUUAAACAAAAACAUAAUUAAUUAUAGUCUUAAAAAUAAUAUAUGUUAAAUGUAUAUAUAGCACUCAACUUAUAAUGGAUGUAGUAAUGUAAAUGUUCUGUACAUAUGGUCUUAAAUAUUUAUAUAUUUUGUAACUAAAGAAUCAUUAUUUGUAUUACAUGAUGUCAGGAUACAAAGGCUUGCAUGUUGAUUUGUUGGUGUUGUCUCAAACUGGAAAUAAAGUGUUCUUCAAUU